AUGAUGUGGGUCCGAAGAUCAGACGGACUAGGAAAGGCUUACUUUGAUGCGAUGCUACAAUGGGUGUUGAAAGGAAUCAACUGGACUAGUGAGAAAAACUUCCCCAUAGCACCCGGCAGUUUGAUGGAUCGUCUACGAAGCCAUGUACUAAGACAGUGUAUACAAAUAAAAGCAGUCUGGCCCAAAGAGGUGGAUAUGGGUGCGACGGCAGAUACUACUGAUGAGACAUGUGAGUAUGUUGAUCUGUUCGUCAAGCUUGGCAAUUGGCUUGCAAGCAUUUUGUCAUCAAACCAGGAAGCAUAA